AUGCCUCUGAAACCUGCAGAGGAAGACCUCCUUCGUGUAUGCUAUGUCCCCUCGCCCACAGUGCAUCCCGCGGCUGGUUCUGGGACAUUCAGCCAACGCGUCAUUCCAGACCCUAUCGAGGAGUUCCCUCGACAUAGGGACUGCAGCUACGAAGAAGCCGCUCCUCGAUACUUUGCCUUGCAGGUUCUGCGCGAAGACCGAUGUCGCGGUGUUGUUCUAUCCGGAAUGGAUGAUGGCAAACUGAGUUCCCCUGCUGUCCAUUGGGAUGCGAGACCUUCUCGCACCUCACCAAAUGCUAGCAGCAUAGUUCACGCUGAAGAAUUCUUGGCCAAUGUUGAAGGCGGAAUCGUACCAGUGACCUGCCAUGAGGAUGUCUUGCGGAUCGCAUUCAUCUAUCUGGACGAGGGCCUGUGGACCGGGAAUGGGGUGUUUGAUGUUGUGGAGAAGCUGCACUCGCAUGGCUUGUCCUUUGGUGGGGGCGUUUUACGCUUUAAUCGUUCUCUGGAUAUAUUCUACCUCGCACAGCUAGCAGCCGCCAUCUACCGCUAUACCUCCCAACUGGAAGAUGAUUUCCCCUCCUUCUCUGAUUUCCCGGCAUUGUACAUAGCCCACCACGCCCUCCUGCACUCCUCCGCCUGGCGCUCCUACUACUCUUACCCCUUCCUCACCCAGCGUACCACAGCACGCUUCUACCGCCUGCCCGACCUCCAGGACCUGCCUGACUCCUCCUGCCCACUAUGCCAGCCGCGCCAUAGUCUGGCAUCCCUACACAUCCUAAAAAUCCCCCGUUGGGCCUACACUGUCGGGUGCACACGUCGUAGGCAGCCCUUUCUUCCAUUUGAGACUCUUACUGCAGUAGCCCUCAGCACGCUGGAGGCAACUAUGACACGCCUGCACACGGCAUACCCCAGCGCACCACCCUAUUCCGAAUCACAUGCGCGCUACUGGCUUGACUAUUUUACUCCUGAUCCAUCUCCAUCUCGCGUGGCUGAGGUGACUCCUUGGCAAGCAUGGAGGCCCCAUAGCUUUGGGAUAUUGGUCGCGCAGGGAAAGUAUGAUAUACACAGGUUAGAAGCAGAGUACCUCACACGGAUAGCGGGGGGAGAGAUUAUCGAGGGAGAUACCCAGCCGGAGCAGCUUAUAUGGUGUGGGUGGCCGGAUGGAGGAAUUGAAGGGCAGGCGUGGUGGAGGGGGUGGGAAGAAGAGGUCGGGAGUGAGGAGGAGGUAGAUUUCCUAGCCGCUGUUGCGGUGGAGGAGACAGUUGGAUUAGGACUCCAAGGAAUCGAGAUGGAUGAGUUGGACUUGUCAAUCCGGUCACAUAUACUACUAGCGGUCAUGCAGGCUGCGGUGAAGGACAAGCAGGAGAGGGAGCGGUUCCUGGGUGAGCUGAAGAGGCGGAUGGUGCAGAAGGGGAGGACUGUCAACGAGAGGGCAGGGAAGUGGACCAGGGAGGCCUUAGAAAUCAUGGAACCGUAUGUACGCAAAUGGCAGGGCAUGUGGCCUGGUGUAGAGGAGAGGGGGAAGAUGCUGCGGCGGACUCUGGUGGAAAAUGCGCAGCUCUUUGCACGCUGGAGGUUGUCACCUAAUUCGAUGCAAUUCACUUUCGCGCUGAGGCCGAGGGUGUAA